AUGCCCCUCUGCCGCGGGGGGGCCUCCCCGCCGCCGCUGCUGCACCCGCGGACGGGACGGCUGGUGACGGUGUCGCGGGGCGGGCGGAGCGCGGCUCGCUCGCAACCCGGCCAGGAGUUCAACCACGGGCUGGUGCUGAGCCGGGAGCCCCUCGCCCCGGGCGCCGUCUUCACCGUCCGCAUCGACCGCAAGGUCAACUCCUGGAGCGGAUCCCUGGAGAUCGGAGUGACCGCCCUGGACCCCAACCACCUGGACUUCCCCAGCAGCGCCACCGGCCUCAAGGGGGGCUCCUGGAUCAUUUCUGGAUGCUCCGUCCUGCGCGACGGGCGCUCCAUCCUGGAGGAAUACGGGCAGGACCUGGACCAGCUGGGCGAAGGCGACCGGGUGGGCGUCCAGCGGACGGCCGGCGGGGAGCUGCGCCUCUGGGUCAACGGGCAGGACUGCGGCGUGGCGGCCACCGGCAUCCCUCCCCGGGUCUGGGCCGUGGUCGACCUCUACGGCAAGUGCACCCAGAUCACGGUGGUGCCGGGAAGCCCGGUGGAGGAGGAGGCGGAAGAAGGAGCCUCUCACGAUGAAGCCCUGGAAGCGCCUUGCAACCAGACCCGGCCGGAUAAAUUUCCCAGCAGCCUGGAAUCGGAGAACGGCUUCUCCAGCAUGGAGCUGUCGGAGGUGGUGAGCAACGCCAUCCUGUCGGCCUACAACGGCAGCCUGCUCAACGUCAACCUGGGCAGCCCCCCCUCCGACUCGGCCCCCGGCGGAGCCCCCCCCAUGACCUCCAACGACGCCCUGCUGUUCCACGAGAAGUGCGGCACGCUGAUCAAGCUCAGCAACAACAACACGACGGCCGAGAGGCGCCGCCCGCUGGACGAGUUCAACAACGGUGUGGUCAUGACCAACCGCCCGCUGCGGGACAACGAGAUGUUUGAGAUCCGCAUCGACAAGCUGGUGGACAAGUGGUCGGGCUCCAUCGAAAUCGGCGUCACCACCCACAACCCCAACAACCUGGAGUACCCCGCCACCAUGACGAACCUGCGCUCAGUUCUUCUUGUCAUGCUCCACUCAACCCACGAAGGCACCAUCAUGAUGAGCGGCUGCGGGAUCCUGACCAACGGCAAAGGGACUCGGCGGGAAUACUGCGAGUUCAGCCUGGAUGAGUUGCAGGAAGGCGACCACAUCGGCUUGACCCGGAAGUCGAACAACGCUCUCCAUUUUUACAUCAACGGCAUCGACCAAGGCGUGGCCACCACCCUCACCCCCUUGGUGGUCUACGGGGUGGUGGACCUCUACGGCAUGGCGGUGAAGGUCACCAUCGUGCACAACCACAAUCACACCGACCGCCUGCGGCGCAACAACGCCAUCAUGAGGGCCCUCUCGCCCGACGUGGGCCGGCGGGCCAUCGACGCCGGAGGGGGCACCGAGCCGGAACCGGAACGUCUUCUCUUCCACCCAAACUGUGGCCAGAAGGCAGCCAUCAUCAACGAAGGACGGACGGCCCUGCGGCCUCAUGCCACCGACGACUUUAACCACGGCGUGGUCCUCAGCAACCGACCGCUGCGGAACGGCGAGGUCUUCCAGGUGAGGAUUGACAAGAUGGUGGACAAAUGGGCCGGCUCCAUCGAGAUUGGCGUCACCACCCACAACCCCACCUACCUGCAGCUGCCCUCCACGAUGACCAACCUGCGGUCAGGGACCUGGAUGAUGACCGGGAACGGAGUGAUGCAUAACGGUACCACCAUCCUGGAUGAAUACGGCCACAACCUGGAUCGCUUGAAGGCAGGCGACACGGUGGGCGUCGUGCGGAAGGAGGACGGGACCCUGCAUUUCUUCGUCAACGGCGUGGCGCAGGGCCCAGCCGCCUGGAACGUCCCACCGAAUAUCUAUGCCGUGGCCGAUCUCUACGGUCAAGCUGCCCAAGCCACGAUCAUGGAUGACACAGACCUCCUCCCGCUUCCCGACGAUCUCUCGGAGGGAAACAACCAGCUGGCCCCCAGCAGCCCGUCCUCCGUGGCUUCGGGCAGUGACCUGCGUUUCCACCACCUCCACGGGAACAACGCCGUCAUCACCAACGGGGGCCGCACGGCCCUGCGCCAGAACUGCCGCAGCGAAUUCAACGAUGCCAUCGUCAUCUCCAACCGCCCUCUGCGCGACGGCGAACUCUUUGAGAUCGUCAUCCAGAAGAUGGUGGAUCGGUGGUCCGGCUCCAUCGAAGCAGGAGUCACCGCCAUCCGUCCGGAGGACCUGGAGUUUCCCAAUACAAUGACGGACAUUGACUACGAUACCUGGAUGCUCAGCGGCACGGCCAUCAUGCAGGACGGCAACACCCUGCGCAACAACUACGGCUGCGACCUGGACUCGCUGACCACCGCCUCGCGCAUCGGCAUGAUGCGGACGGCCAAGGGGGAUCUGCAUUACUUCAUCAACAGCGUGGACCAGGGUGUGGCUUGCUCCGGGCUGCCCCCAGGGAAGGAGGUCUACGCCGUGGUGGACCUCUACGGCCAGUGUGUCCAGGUGUCCAUCACCAGCUCCACCGGCCCGCUGGACAACAGCCUCUCCACCAGCAACAUCACGGAGAAAUCCUUCCCCAUCCACUCACCAGUGCCCGGGGUCGCCCACCGCUUCCACAGCACCUGCGGCAAGAACGUGGCCUUCCAAGACGACGGGUGCCGGGCCCUGCGGGUCUCCGGCUUCUGCCACGGCAUCGUUUUCAGCAUGAAGGAACUGAGAACGGGCGAGGUUUUCGAGGUGAAGAUUGACGAGGUGGACGAGAAGUGGUCGGGAUCCGUCCAGGUGGGCUUGACCACGCUGCUGCCCUCGGAUGCCACCUGCAUGGCCACAGGGCUGCCCUCCUCCCUAUUGGAGCUCCGGUCGAAAGUGACCUGGCUAGUGACGGGUUCCGAGGUCCGACGCAACGGCGUCCUGCAGAAGCAGAAUUACGGAUGCUCUCUGGAGCGUCUCGGGGUGGGGAACCGUGUGGGCGUGAAGCGCUGCACGGACGACACCAUGCAUGUGCUGGUCGACGGGGAGGACAUGGGGCCGGCCGCCACUGGCGUGGCCAAGAACGUCUCCAUGGUGCUGGACCUCUACGGCCGGGUCACCUCCGUCUCCAUCGUCAGCUCCAGCCUGCUGGAAGAGGCCGAGGCCACCCACCCGCCCUCCGUCGCCUCCGAGCCCUACAGCGAGGAGGAGGAGGAGCCCACCCCGGGCGAGAGCGACCUGCCCACCUCCGCGACGCCCUCCAUGGAAUUCCUGGAGAACCACGGGAAAAACAUCCUCCUCUCCAAUGGGAACCGGACGGCCACCCGGGUCUCCAGCUACAACCAGGGCAUCGUGGUGGUGGCCCAGCCUUUGCCCCAGCAGCAGCUCUUCCAGUUCCAGAUCGACUCCCUCAACCCCCAGUGGACGUCCUCGCUCUCCCUGGGCGUCAUCGGCAACUCCCCGGAGCGGCUCAACUUCCCCGCCACGGCCUGCUCGCUCAAGCGCUCCACCUGGCUCCUGCAGCGGGACUCCGUCUUCCACAACUCCCUCAAGGUCUGCGAGAACUACGGCCCCAACCUGGACAACUGCCCGGAGGGGACAGUGCUGGGGGUCCUGGUGGACGCCAGCGGCUGCCUUCACCUCUAUGUCAACGGCAUCGACCAGGGGGUGGCGGCCCAAGACGUGCCCAGCCCUUGUUACGUGCUGGUCGACCUCUACGGGCAGUGCGAGCAGGUCACCAUCACGACCAAUGACCCUCCCGCCGUGGGGGCCGAGAGCACGGACCCCCAAGGGCAGGGGGACAUGGAGAAGGCCGACAUGGUGGACGGGAUCAAGGAGAGCGUGUUCUGGACGCCCCCCGUGGACCUCAACCCCGCCAAGACCUGCGACUACCAGUCCCUCUGCACCCGUUUCAAGGACCUGCUGCUGUUGCCCGACGCCUAUUUCACCGAAGACCCCAAGCCGAGCCUUUGCUACUGCGAGUCGUGCCGCAAGCCGCGAGGGGACGAGGCCUACUACAAGCGGGGGGAGCCCCCCCGGGACUACGCCUUGCCUUUCGGGUGGUGCCGCUUCACCCUCAGAACAAACCCCUGCUUGGAAGGGGCCAGCACCGCUAAGAAGUGGCACAUGGCCUAUCACGGGACGAGCGUCGGAGCCGUGCGCCGCAUGUUGGAUCAAGGGGAGUUGGUGCCGGGGAUAACGUCCAUCCUGAGCUGCCGCCCGGUGAAGGCCGAUCCGCAGGGUGGGGGCGCCGGCAGCGGCACCAACGGGGGCUACCUGGAGGCGGAGGAGAACAGCGUGCAGGGGCGCGAGGAAGCCCACCACGUCCUCCUCUCGCCCACCCUGCGCUACGCCGGACUGGAGCCUUUCGCCACCAAAGUGCAAUUCAAAGACCCCAAGUCUCACCGACAGCACUCCGCCCAGGUGGCCUUGCAGGUGUGCGUGCGCCCGGGCUCCUACAAGGUCUGCCCUCCCUCGCAGGCGGCCCCCGAGCCCGUGGACCCCCGCUUCAGCAGUGCCGAGAUUGAGUGGGUCACCAAGGAAAAAGGGGCUACCGUCCUCUUCGGCCUGCUCAUCCGCGUAGAAUGAGACCCCCCCGCCCGCCCGCCGUCCGCGGGGACGCCGCAGCUUUUGCCAAAAACCUGUGCUCCCCCCCCCCGGGGGGGGACCGACAGCACAUAGACCGGGUGGAAACGGCACGUCCAGUCGAUUGGGGGGGGGGGACACAGCUCUUUUAC